AUGGCGGCAGCAAAGCUGCUGCUGGACGAAGCCAGUGCGGCUCGAGAAAUGCUGCUCAGGCUCGCAGAUGAGGAGCACGAACGCUGGCUGGAAUCUGUCAUGGAGCGGUUCAGCGCUAUCGAGCGAAGCAUCAAGGACUGGGACGCGCAGUUCACGGUCAAGCAUGAGGAGGUGCACGAAAAGGCAGGCUUGGCUUCGCCGAUGCUGAUCGUCAGCUCCGUUCGGCCAACGCAACCUCCGCGGCUUGCAGAGCAGGUGGAUCCUGUGCCACCGUCGCCAGCAAUGAAGAUUGCCUGCAAUGUGACUGUCGACGAAAGCCAGAAGAGUGACUGUGACUCAUCGCCGCGGUCCCCUUUCACUGGCAUACAGGACCCAGGCGCUCUGCAGCGCAUGAUCAGCCCUUCUUCCCAAACGAUGGCCGCACGGGCAUCAGUGAUGGGAAGGCCACCAACGGAGGAAGAGAGCUGCUUGAGCAGGUUGGCCAUGUGGCUCCGUUUCAACCUCGACUAUUGCACAGGUUUUGUGCUGGCCAUAAACUUGAUUUUCAUGUGCGUGGAAUUGGAGUUGCAGGGAAGAGCCGCCGGGCACCUCGCGAGCGAGAGCUCGUUAUCACUACUCAGUUUGCAGGAAUUAAGCGUCCCUCUCCGUAGUGUUGAUAUUGCCUUCGACACCGUCUUUCUCAUCGAGUUCUUGCUGCGGAUGGGGCUGGAAGGAUGGGCACUUUUUCGUAAAUUCUCGGGCUGGUACGACGUAUCUUUGGUGGCAGUGGGCAUCGCAGACAUGGCUUUAUUUGCCGCUGCCGGCGCAGAUGCAGAAGUGGCAGCAGUACAUGUACUCCGAGCAGCGAACACACUUCGUGCGAUCCGUUUGCUGCGCAUCUUCCGACUUUUCCAAGGUUUGCGCCUGCUCAUCCGGGCGUGUCAUGCCUUUCUGCCAACUCUUGGAUGGUCAAUGGUUUUACUGGGAUUGUGCAUGGUGAUGAGCGGCCUCCUUGUCGGUUCACUGCUGCAGAUCUUCUUAUGGAAUGACAUGCUAGCGCUCGAGCACAAGAUUUGGAUCUUUGAUCGGUAUGGCACCGCGCAUCGAUCCAUCUACACUUUGUUCGAAAUUACCUUUGCUGGCAACUGGCCCACAAAUGUCCGACCAGUUCUUGAAAACGUCAGCGACCUGUUCGUGAUACCCUUCGUGCUGUACAUCACGAUCAUAACAUUUGCGGCAUUACGUGUAAUUACUGCCGUGUUCCUCAAGGACACCUUGGAGGCAGCUCAGAGUGACGCAGAACACCAAGUCGCAGAGAAGCUCAAGAGGAAGGCGCAAUAUGUUGAGAAGCUGGAAGUCAUGUUCAAGGCCAUCGACGAAACUGGCAAUGGCAUGAUUACCGAGGAGCGCCUGAACCAACUACUCUGCAAUCCGACUGUGCGGGCUUAUCUCGAGACUUUGGACUUGGCUGUGCCCGAGGGCACGGCUCUCUUCCACAUUCUGGACAAUGGUGAUGGUGAGGUGACGUUGGAGGAGUUUAUAGAUGGAAUUCUCCGCUGCAAAGGGCCUGCAAGAGCCAUCGAUCAGGUGGCGCUUCACGCUGACAUCAGGCAGCUAGAUCACAAGCUCGCCGUUGCCGUGCAGCUGCUGAGCGACUGGGAAAGGAGUCCCGACAGAAGUGGGACACAAAGCAUCGAUACCUCCUUGAGCCGCCUCGACAGCCGGAAGAACAAAGUGGCCGAACAUCUGCGAGUCUUCCAUUUGGACCAGUCCAUGGAGUUGGACGUGGGAAGGAUGCGAAGUGCGCGAUCGGCCCGGUCCGGCAGAUCCGGGUCCAGCGCCAGCGACGCGCGCUACAGCAUCUUCUCGGUCCUCUCGGGUGCACCGGCAACCUCCCAGCCGGAAUCCCGCAAGAAUUCGCAGCUAGGACACUGA